AUGUACGCGGACACGGAGGAGGAACAAAGCGGUGACGAAGACGACGACCCCGAGUACUCUGAAGAAGAGGAGGAAGACGAGAAAGACGACGAGUCUGAAGACCUACUCGCGCCCCAGGUCCCCUCUCCUAUGCCCUCUCCCAUGACCGCCAUCGGGUUUUGCGACCCCGAUGAGUGGAACCAGCAUGUUGCCCCCCGCCGGCGGGGAAGGCGUGUUCGUCUCACCGCGCCGCCGGAGGGCGGCGCGGCCGGCGGCAGGGACAGCGCCCGCCGCGGCUCGUUCCCGAGUGUGACGCUAGACGGCGGCCGCCGCCCCUUUGGGAGCCUUCGUGGGACGCCCAUGGCGGGUGGCAGCAUCACUAGCUCCGUCACCAUCGAUAGCAGCAUGAGCUCGGACGAGGUGUUCGAACACCUCCGUCAGAUUGUUUCAUCGACAGUGCUGUCCGGCCUCUCGGGCCACCUGCUCCGGUUCGUGGCCCCAUCCUUAUGCCCAUCCUUGAUGGCUCCCCCGCCGUCUUUUGGUGCCUCGAUCAAGGCACCUUUCAGCGAGGCUUUCGUGGGGCCCGAGAAGAAGCGCCAUUCCUCUGGACAGCAACCGUCCACCACCAACAACAGCGUUAUGGCGGCAAUCAGCUGCAUGUGGGUCGGACCCGUCACCUCCGAGUUCCCAGGUAAACAACGCGUGUGCUCGGAGCGAGCUCCACGCCGCCCUUGCUUGGGCCUGGCGGAGCACAUCAUCCUACCCGCUCUCAACGACGAGAUCCGAGCCAAACUGGGAGCGCAGACUGCGUCCGACCUCAUCCGCGGGGUUCGCGCUUCUCUGUACACCAUGGAUGCUGACGGGGGCGAGAACGCCCGCCGCGUCGAGGCCUUCAUGCACGCCACCUUCGCUCGAGCGAUGAAGGCCCACCGCGCGAAGAACCGCCGUGGCCUGUCCAUGACCGAUAUCUUCGGCGGGAACAGCCUCCGUCGCGACUUUGCCAACCAGGUCGCGACCCUGCUCGCCGUGCACGCCAUCGCGGAGCUAGAGCAUGCCCCUCUCACUGAAGUGGGCGCGCCGGAGACCAUCGCCUGUCGCGCUGUGAGGCAGGUGAGGAGCUGGUCCAAGCUACAGACCGGCGGAUUCGGAGCGAGGAACCAGAGGGCGUUCCAAGAAGUAUGCAUGUCAAUUCUUUUCCCAUACGCCAUUUACUCAUAUAUCCCAAUCUUGUUUACGAUAACAUUAAAUGGGAUGUGGCGCCACCUAUACGGGUUCAUCACGAGCCCCCGCCGCCUUGCUCACGGGCUCACGGCGAUGGACCCCGCCUCCAUCACCAACGCCGACGCUCGGCGCUACCUCACCCCGUACUACACGGAGGAGCCGGCCAUCGCCAACCCCGAGCCCGCCUCGGACGGAGAGGAGACGGUCGACCCAAACGCUGGCCCUCUUCGCGUCGAGGAAACCCUCACUCCGGACGCCGCCGACUUCUAGAAGGCGCGCAUCGCACCGUCUGUGCCCUCGAGUGUUUCGCCUAUUGAUCGCGAAAGGGAGUGUUCGGAUGUGCCAGAGUUUUGCUUAGUACGAGGCUAGCACGGUUUUGGGACGGGGAGGAGCGCGUGGGGGUUAUAUUUAUAUCUUUGUGCGUUGCGUAGAAUAUGUCGUGCGCAGAGCCGGGGAUAUAGGAAAGAGAUGGCAAGAAAAAAAGUCCGUGGACGGAAGAUAGAUCUAUCUGUGUCUCCCGCCCCCGCCUGUUAUUGACGCCGCCGUAUGUUUCUCAUGCGCCGGGCGCGCGUAGUUUGAAAAUUGAGUCUGUCAUCGUGAGUUUUUGCGGCGCGUGCGGGUACCCGUUGCGUCGUCUUUUUUUCCUCACACAAGCUCGUAAUAAAGUCGGUUUCUGGUUCGGCGAGACACACCAGACAGAGAGAACGCGCAAGUGGUUGGUAUAGAAUACACAAGUGUUUUCCGGUCGCGACUUGUACGAAUACGUGUCCUCUAGAGCGUUUGGUGUGGGUGCGGUGGUCCCUGCCGUACACGGUACACCCACCGACAUAAUUUUAAAUGAAAAUGUUAUAUACGACACCGGUGUCGUACUUCCUUAUAUACGACACCUACCAUUUCUUGGCCCACAGGGCUCCAAUCGGCGUACAACAAAAUGCGCUGUGUAGCCACGGCCCGCAGCUAUCAGCCCAUACCAUUUUGGGUCAAAUCGGCCAAGUGGUUGCGGAGAAAGAGCCGAAAAUAGGGGGCUCCGCAACUUACCGGGGGGGUGUCAGCGACGUUCCGGUCAUAACUCCUUGCACAGACAUCGCCUGAUCGCACGUAAACUCGCGAUGAGUAGAUAAGCUUAUAUACUCUUC